AAGAGAAGCCUCGCAUUACACCAACCGCGUUUACACGAGAGAGCAGUCGAAAAUGAUUUGGUUCUGACAGGCCGCCAAACAUCGGAUAUACAUUGAUUUGUGUUGUCCCUUUGUUUUUUUUAAUAGUUUGUUUUGAAAACGUUGUUUCUGGAGUGUAAAAGAGUCAAGAAGUAACGUUAGCUGGAAAAGUCGGAAAACGCCAUCCUUUACAGGAUGGAUAAAUCGACAACGAUGAAAGUCAUGGUCAUUAUUAUCGUUUCUUUGAUUCAUGUGGGUCAUGGAUCGGCAGAGCUUGGGUUUGCAGGAGACCUCCAGAACCGCACGGCCAGACAGCUGAACUGCAUGGAGAACCAUGAAUACCCUCACAUCGGCUUCUGCUGCAAGAACUGUGAAGCUGGCACUUAUGUGAAACAAAAGUGUAGCAGUGACCAGGAGAAGGGCAUUUGUGCUCCAUGUGAGAGGGGCACGUAUGCCGAACACCCCACGGGCAUGGAUCAGUGUCUGCAGUGCAGCCAGUGCCACAGAGAUCAAAUCAUGGUUGCAGAAUGCACCAGAACAAGCAACACCAAGUGUGAAUGCAAACCCGGUACCUUCUGCCUCCCGGACGAGCCCUGUGAAGUGUGCAAGAAAUGCGCCAAGUGCAAAACUGAUGAGGAAGAAGUGACCAGCUGCACUGCAACAUCAAAUAUAAAGUGCAGGAAGAAAAGCUCUCCUCAGCCAACAGACAAGCCUUCGGCAUCAAAUAACACUGUUACCACAGCAGUUGGUAUAUCAGUUUUAGUACUGAUUGGAAUAAUUGCAGUUGGAAUGUUUUUCCUCCGUAAGAGACGCCAACAUCGAACAGUCGACCCUCCUGGUGAUUGUGAAGAAGUGAAGGUUCCUAUUGAUGAGCGUUCAAGAUCGGAAGAGGACCAAGAGAACAGCCGCAAUGCUGUAUUAGAGAGGGAAGAGGGGAAACGCUCAGAGUCCCAUCCCUUGUUGACACAAGUAACGCAGGAAACUGGCACCAAGAGCAUACCAGUGGAGGAUGAGGACCGGGGAUUGGGCGACAGCUUGCCAAACACUACCAGCUCUUCCCAAACCAGUCUAUCUGCCCUCCCUCCUCAAGUCUACAAUGAGGAAUCGCCACAACCGAGUCCCUCAGCCCUGAGACAGACGGAGACAGUUACAGAGCCAUGGGCACGGGAUGAUGGUCCUCCCAGGAGACUUGUUCCAUUACUUGGUGAGGAGGAGUCUCUAAGCAAGAGUUUCGACCUGUUUGACACCCUGGAUGUGCGGUACCACAACAAGUUUUUCCGUAGCAUCGGCGUGAGCGACAACUCCAUAAAGGUGGCCGAAUCGCAGCACCCUGUGGACAAAGUCUAUGAACUACUGCGGGUUUGGAUGCAGAAAGAGGGCCUGCGGGCAAACAUCAACACAUUGCUACAGGCUCUGCUAGACCUGGACCAGCGGUAUUCAGCAGAACACAUCACCUCCAAGGCUGUUGAGCGAGGCUACUACAAAUAUGAGUGAUGUCUCUUCAAGACUGCAGAUUAUUUGUUGAGUACAAGAACUAAGUAAUGGAGAGGUGUAAAUUCAUUAUGAUUUCUCCCCAGUGGGUCUGUGGGUCUCAUGGCAUGAACUUGAUGUCCUGUUAUGGAGACUUUGGAGAAGCACCACUCUGUAGCGCCCAUGUUGGGUUUAGAAGCCAACACUGAACCUUUUUUGAGGAUUUACACUGGCUAGCAGCAGAGGGCGAUGUGUUCCCUCUCAACCGUGCAUUGUAUUGUUACUUGAUGCACUGGCCUCAGGCUUUUAAACUACAGGUUGGUCCAAAGCCUACAUAUAGAUGUCAUUAAGCCAAAUGUUCAAACUAAAACAAGUGUAUUUAGUACUGACAGGCACAAUCGGAAGAUGUUCACAAGAUUCACACUACAUGUAGUCAUAUUUCUGCAGUGAAUCACUUCUAUUCUUAGCUUCAAACCUUGUUAAACUCUGUUACAAAUGAACAAAUAUGCUUCAAGAUGAGUUUAGAACUUGGUUCAGGAUGAGUUUUGGAUUUCAGACGUAUGUCAACAGUUUAGGGUUUCAAUUGAAGUUCAGAACAUGGUUCUUCAUGUUUUUUUGGAGGGGUUAUUCCAGAAUAUCUCAUAGUCAAGCUGCCCCUGAAUUCUACCAGUCUGUGAAAGGUGACCCUUCUUCAUCUGUUUGGUGCGAGGAUGAGAUGUUUUUCAACCUUCUCGACCUUUCUUGCCUGUUCCGUUUUCCUCGUUUAUAUUUAAUUAAGUGAUGUAUUUAUUUGUUUUGUUUAUACAAAUUAUUAUUUAUACCGGUUACCAAUAUUCAUCUACAGUAAGUGUUCCUGAAGAAUUUAUCGCCUUUCAGGCUUUGUGACUGAGAUGUUCAACAGACAAAUCCUUCUGGUCCUUUCACAAGCAGAUUUAGUGCCAUCUUCAAAUAGUUUUCUGUAGCUAAGGCGUUUCUGCAUUUACCCCGAGUGUGUCGCCUACUACAGACACAUCAUUUCUUUUAUAUGAAUCACAAAACGUGUCCUUCGCUGUGGAUUUUAUGUUCCCAACUAAUGGUGUUGUCCAUUAACGUUGUUCCACGGGUUGAACUAAUAUUAAGGAUAAGGAGGCAUUUCAAACUUCUUCUCUCUGUUCUUGUUUUAUAUGCGGUAGUGCACAGGUACGUGUUUUAGAUAGUUAAAAGAUGAAGGAAAUUUAUGUUCAUCCACAAACUACUUAGUUUAAUUGCCUUUUGUCUAGUAUGUAAAUAAUUGUCAAGAACUCUAUUAAAUGAAACUAAUAGAUAUAUAUUUAUGGAAGCCCUAAGAGCACAAUCUAAUGGGUACUGCCUAAAAACCCAACCGAAGGAACAAAUUGAAAUUUAAAAUGAACAAGCAGAAUAGAUAUUAUCUAAAUAAACAUGGCUUCUUAAUUCAUUUAUGUAGCAGUAAAUGAACUGCGACGUCUGACUCGGCUGUAUAGCUAUGUAGCUGUAUCAGUGUAUGAAAUAUAUUUUCAGAACCGAUCUCAGACCAGCUUCACCUUAUAACAGACUCGUUGGAGUUAAAGCUAAAAUGAGUUCAGAACAAAAUGGCUCCCCCUGCCUUCCCCAUGUAAUUAUGAAAUUGUAGAGCUAUCGUUCAGUGCAGGCACUGCCACCUAUUGACAUAGAGUUGAAUAGCAAGAGAAAAACCUGCAUCAAUUUCAAGGGAUUUUUUUUCCACAUCUUCACAGCCUUUUCUAGACAUCUUCCAUCCUUUUGCACUGAAUUUAACAUUUAGUGUCUCUUCAGAUGUAGGUGCAGGAGAUUUUACCUCUGAGCAGUUCUCUGAGUUUUUUUAUAAAAAUAAUUUUUUAUAGCAACUCCACGUUGUUCCUGCCUUGACGCCUAACACAGAGGCAUGCCUCAGUGCUCACUCUUGCUUCAUUUUCUCAAUAUCUCUCUAUGAGUAGAAGUUUUGUAUCUUUUUUUUCCCCUUAGACAAUUGUUUGCUCGUUUAUGAAUGUAAAAUGUUUGCUGUUGCAAAAUUGUUUUGUGAAUGUUUGUUUUAAAAUAAAGAAGA